UUGAUCAAUAUGUUUUUUUUCAAUAAAUAAAAGGCCCUUUGUUUGUUUCUUUCCUUUCCCAGAAACAAACUUCCAGAGACCACCGCUUCACUAACCUCAAAAAAAUGGCGGAAACAAGACUAUACGGUUACAAACUGACUCCAUCACUCUCAUCUCUACCCUCUUUAACAACUCUACGACGACAUGUCGCUCCAUUUCCAAGCCUUGUUUCCUUUAACACCCCAAAACCCCCUCGCCUCCGUGUCUUAUCCAUGGCUAUUAAAAGAAGCCCAAAACGACUCAAGUACUCUGCUCCUCGUUUUACCAAGGAGGACGGACUGCUUUAUGUGGAAGCUGACGAGUUAGGAUCUGACACGUGGAAGUUGGAACCUGUGAUUGAGCUUUUGAAACAAGGAGCAGUUGGUGUUAUUCCUACUGAUACUGUGUAUGCGAUUGUUUGUGAUUUGAAAAGCAACUCAGCAAUUGAACGUCUUCGUAGAAUUAAAAACAUAGAACCUUCCAAGCCCCUUAGCAUCUUGUGCCACUCUCUGAGAGACAUAGAUACAUAUACAACUGGAUUCCCACGUGGUGAUGGUCAAGGUCAUGCAGAUAUAUUUCGAGCCGUUAAGCAUUGCUUACCAGGGCCAUAUACUUUCAUCCUAACUGCAAGCAAAGAACUACCAAAACAGUGCGUGCGGUAUGGGACUACAACUGCCAAAUAUGCUUCAAGGAAAAAUGUGGGUAUCCGAAUGCCUGAUGAUGCUAUUUGUCAAGCAAUCCUAGAGAAGAUGGAUGCACCACUUAUAUCCACAAGUGUCAGGUCGCCAAAGGAAAACGAGUGGAUGAUUGAUCCAGUUGUAAUAGCUGAUAUAUAUGGACCAGAGGGUCUUGAUUUUGUUGUUAAUGGAGGUAUCAGAGUGGCUGAUCCAUCUACUGUAGUUGACAUGACAGGAAGUUCUCCAAAAAUUAUACGGCAAGGAAAGGGGCCUAAAUUACACUGGAUGGUAGCUGAAGAUGACGAUGAAUCUGCCUUUCAUGUUGAAGAUCUCAUACCUUCUGCUACUUAAGGCAGCCCUGUAAAAAAUCAUAUCCCAAAACUCUUCAAAGUUGGAUUGUUGCUUUUGCCUUCUCUGAAGUUUCAGUUUAUUGUUGGAUAUUUAGCACCUUCCACUGACAAAUUAGCACAAAACAUCUGUGCUAUGUAAAUAUAUAGCAAGUGCAACGAUACGGCAUAUGUACAGAAGAGAACCUUGUAUCAUAGCCAUGCUUUUGUGCAUGUCACCAAUAAAGUUUUUGAACUUCUGAA